AUGGAAGACUUGGAUGUAGACCUUUUUAAGCUGUUGGUUACCGUUGGGUUUGUUUUCUUGACUUGGGUAAGUCAAAUUUUAUGUGUCAGCAAUGAGAUAUGUAGAUUUUACCUCCUGACCAGCGUGUCUCAGGCCACUUAUACUGUUUCACUUUCAAACUGUAGUUUGACAAUAACUUAUAUCGUUUGAGGAUGAACGUCGACCACUCUCAUGGAAUCUGGUUCCGUAAACAGACAAAUGCAUAGGUUGCAUAGGAUUAAAACUAAAUAGGAUAAACGGAUUAAAACAUCAUCGUUCAUUUUUCACGCCCAUAACCGAUGCAUUACUGUGCAUGCCCGUAAAUUUACCGCUGGACAAAUAUCUGUGGAGAAUCAAGACUGGGCCGCCGCGCGCCGUGCUUUAUUAAGCAAAACGAAAAGCUGUCUAAUAUAAUUGUGCCAAUGAGGGUUGGAUUGAUCACAAACCCACAAAAAUUACACAGUGAAGGCAAACUUGGCCAGAGCUGCAUAUGUUGUCUACCGAGUAUGGGUUUCACCUAUUGUAGAUUUGUAACAUGUACCAAAUUUGACUGGUCAUCUCAUGAAUCUAAACUAAUAAUAUAAUGUCUUAGUUAUAAGGAAAGGUGGUUAACAUCCAAACAUGCAUUAUUUCUGUACAUGCAGACGAAGGCCCUAUGGGAAGAUCUGCAAAACGCCAGCGCAGCGUUCUAUCCAGAUGGACUGGACAAGUGCCCUCCAGAUACCUACACAAUUGAUGGCAAUAAAAAUAGAGUCAGAUGUAUUGAGUGCCCCACAUGUCCUGCGGGACAGGAGCCCUCGCCACCAUGUGGCUCUACAAUGGUUCGCAAGGCAGUUGGCGACUGUGUGCCAUGCAAGGCAGGUACCUACUCAGAUAAAGCCGACAGCGCAACGUGCAAAGCCUGCACAGACUGUGGCUCAAAAGAGGUCCUGAGUUCGUGUACUAUAGAAACCAACGCAAGGUGCCGGGAGUGCCCCUAUAUGCACUAUGACGAUGAAACCACCAACACUUGUAAAGCUUGCUCUUUAUGCUGCGAGGAAAAUUCUGUUGCACAAAAGAAUUGCCUAAAGUCAAGAAUAUGUCCUGGAAAUUGUUCUCAGUUGACACCAAUUCAAGAAAAAUACCACAGUUUUAAGUUACAAAAGUUAGUUGCUAGAACAAAGAGAACCCCUUGGAAUAAAACGUCGGUGUUAAAACUGACCAGGCGACAAAGAGUCAGGCAAAAGGUAAAUAAAAAAGUUGAGAGCACAAUUAAAACUAACAUUGAAGAACCUACGCAUUCAGAGAGAACUGGAAGGGACAUUCAUCAAGAGAAUUACGAUGACACUUAUACAGCCAGCGAAACAAAGUAUGUUAGGUCUAAUUCAGCUUUAGAUGAGGAUAUCGACGGGAAAGACCUCCAGGUUUUACAAUCAAUGCAAAGUCCCACAAACGUUCUUGAAGGCGGUAAAGAAAAAAUUGACACCCCAAGUCCAGAAAUUCUCCAACCUCGAGGGGUUGUGAAGGGAGAGAAAGAGCAGCUAGUUGUGACAACGUUUAAACCUCGUGUGCCUCCCCCUGAAGCACCUAACAGUGACAUAGGGAAGUCUGUGCCGCUCACGCCGGAAAAUCAGAGAGCGAUUAAAACCUUUAACAACGAUACUGCGGUGAAAAAUAGACGUCGUAUCCCUGCAAUUGUUCCACCAAGUGUGACUCCGUCAACAGCACAAAAUGCUUGGGCGAUUCCUCCAGCCACGCCCAAUAACAUACCUCCAAUGUCAAAAGCAGUGAUAGAGCAGUGUGUAGUUCCAAGUGCUGCCUCUUUUCUGAGCAGUUUUUCGGGAACAAUUGCUGGCUUAGUAGUAUUUGGUUUAAUAGCUCUUAUUAUGUACCUUGUUGGUAAAGGAUGUGUUCGUCGCAAACAAAGAGGUUACGAGGGGGGAAGCUUCACACCUGAGGCCCCUGAGGAGACGGAGCAAAAUGAGGUUAUCCAGAUUGUGGAUGGUGAGAUUCCAAACAUUAUGCAAUACUAAACCCUAAUGCUCUCUAGUCUCAUUUUAUUCACUUACGAGAAAAAGAAAAAAGAAAAGAAAAGAAAGUGUUACUUUCUCAUUCGUUCUUCGUGGCCACUUCGCGGCUCUUAUUCGAUAAGAUAGGUCAGAGUUUGGUAAAUAAUAGUCAGUGAAGAUUGGUGUCCUUAAAAUUAACCAGUUUAUGCUAAAUCGCCUGCAUUAGGAUUUUAGCUCUAACAGGUGAAAUGACAGGCAAUAACAUGAUCGAAAUAUGUUUGUUUGCAGACCUCAAUUUAUGUGAAAUUCCUCCAGACCUUGAAGAUAUUUUGGUAAAGAGGUUGGAUGUACCACACGGCAGAUCUGGCAACAAUGCGUAUGGCUGGGUAAAAGUGGGAAACGCGGCAGGAAUCUCACGACAUGAUCUUACGUUCUUCAAGACUGAGUAUCAAAGGCCAAACGGAAGUCCAACAAAGCUACUGCUUGACAAGUUA